UGCUCUCUCCAUUCGGCCUUCAUCCUAGGCAGUUGUGAAUCAGCUGUGUGCUCUCCAUUCUCUUUCAUUGUUCGCCGCAGCUGUAUACAUAAUCAUAGCUCGUUGAGGGCUGGCGUGGAUCUGCAUGUCCUUUUUAUGCAUCUGCCUUGUUCUAUUGUCUCUUUAAUACAAGCUUUCCAGCGUCGUCGGUCUUCGCUCUGCUCGCACAGUUUUAUCUCCGACAAUCCCUUGAUAUCAACCAUCUCCUGGGCUGUACUCUGUUUACGCCCCCGACUAAAGCUAUCAUUUCUAGUCUGUGUACAGUAGUUCCUUAACCGUCAUGUUUGGCAUCAUAGCAGACCUGCUUUCCUCCGUUCUUACCGUCCUUUUCCCGAUUUUCGCGUCAUAUAAAGCGCUUCGCACGUCUGACGUAUCACAGAUUGCCCCAUGGCUGAUGUACUGGGUGGUGUUGUCGAUAGUGCUGCUGGUUGAAUCAUGGACUUUCUUUAUUGUUGGAUGGUUCCCAUUUUAUAGCUGGAUCCGCUUGUUCGCGCUUUCGUACCUCGUCCUUCCUCAAACUCAAGGUGCAAAGAAGCUAUAUCUCGAGCGUGUUGACCCUUUUCUUCAUCAAUACGAGCGCCAAAUCGAGGAGUUUAUUGGCGAGACGCAUGAACGUGCUAAAGAAGCAGGUCUCAACUACCUCUAUCAGGCAAUUGAUUUGAUUCGAGAAAAAGUGCUGGGAUUACCUCCAGUUUUGGCAGCCGAAGCUGCUCCUCCGCCUCCUGCGAGCGGACCCGCUUCCUACGCACAGACUCUCUUCUCCCGAUUCAACCUACCCGCUGGCACGGGUACAAAUCUCGCAGGGCCCGCAUCGGACCUUUUUUCUAUGCUCGGUUCAGCUGUAACAGCUGUCACAUCGACGGGAAAAAACCGCGAUACCCAAGCCGAGGAGCUUAGCGCCACUGGUUUGCUGCCACAUAACCUUGCAUCUGCGUCGAAGAACGAGCAGGCUAGCUACAUCGCUUCGCAAAAGGAGAAGCUCCGGAUCCUUCUCUCUGCUCUUGACCGGGAACAUCGAAACCUAGGACUCGAGGGCCGUGAGGAGGAUGAUCUAGCGUAUGGAACGAGCUACGAUUCCGACUCUCGUGGACUGAAGAAGAAUCAGAGCGAGAACUCGUUUGAAAACAUAGAUCAUGAGGAGCUGGGCGCUUCCUCGGCAUUUUAUAAAGAUGGCUCCGGGCGGAGACGACCUGGGAGGCACGAGUAAGAAGAGGAUUAGAUGGUUUUAUUCAGUUUACUUUACUUAUUUACUUAUUGAAUUUCGGUUUUUUUUGGCAUUGGGUUAUGGAUGGGAUGGGCUUCCUUUUACGUGCCAUUACUUUUGGUAUACUUGAUUUGCUCUGGGUCUGCGGAGUACUCCGGAUGGCUACUUUCUAGAGGGGAAUCUGUAAACGGCGAUUGUAAAACGUCUCAUUAAGUUAAUUGGAUGGCAUGAUUAUUGAAUAGCUAAGAGCCCUGUGCCGGCAUUCCGCCCCGGUAU